AUGGCUUCUUCCAAGCUCAGAAAGGCAUGCUCCUUCACCACCCUCCUCCUCUGCUGUCUAAAUUUCACUCUUUUCAUCCUUUCCGCCGCCUCAUUCGCACCCACCAUUCUCCUCAAAAUGCCCCCAACUUCCCUUGGCAUGGCAUUCCUCAUGGUUUCUAGCAUCUCACUUCUCUCAUCCUUCAUAGGCUUCUACUCCCACCUUACACACUUCUGUUUCCUCACCCACAUUUCCCUCACACUUGCCUCUUUGACAGGACAGGUUCUUGCCAUGUUAGCCUUGUUCACCAAAGAGAAAGCGAGCCUGACCCUUUUGAAGUCACCGCGGGAUCCAAAGGAAGCGAAGCUCUUGGUGAGGGUUGAGUGUGGGGCUUUGAUGGCCAUGUGCAUGUUGCAAAUGGUGGUGUUGGUGUUGAGCUGUGCAGUGCAUAGCUGUUUGGUGAAAGACUAUGAAGGAUUGGAAGCAGAGAAAGAGGCUUCAGCGAAGAAGAGGAGUAGAAGGGUUGCCAGAGUGCAAGAGGAAUCCAUGGCUAAUGCGAGCAAAAUUGCUGAGGUUAAGGAUAAGGAGUUUGAUGAGAAGAUGAAUAGCAAAUAUGGGAAGUGGGUGAAGACUGAUUUUGAACCAUGAGGCACCAUGGCAAUCUUGUUCUGUCUUCAUUCUACCUUGUACUUGCUCAGUGCAGAUUUUUGCAUGUUUGACUUUCAGUGUUUUCUUUAGUUACUUGUUGGUAAUGGUGUUGUCGUUUGUUCCAGUCACUGUGCCCAUUAAAUUUGAAUUAGCAUUCAAGAUAGAAGUAACCUGAAUUUCUAUUGAUUUGCAGCAUCCAAUUCAAUUCAUCUUGUUAAUGAAUAAUGGUUUCAACAUCA